AUGGGCGUCAAGACGCUGCGCACCAUCCUCUCCUCCGUCACCCACAACGGCUACGGCUCGGCGACGCCGCUCUCCGCCGCCGGCAAAGCCUUCUGCGCCGCCUACGCCGCCGUGGGCGUCCCGGCCACCAUGUUCCUCCUGGCGGCCACCGCGCGUCACCUGGCCGUGCCGCUGGCCCGGCGGCCCCGUGGCUACCUGCAGGCUCGCUGGGGCUACAGCCGGCGCGGCGCCGCCCGCGCCCACCUCCUGGCGCUGCUGGCCGCCACCCUGGUGCUGCUGGUGCUCCUCCCGGCCGCCGCCUUCUACCUGCUGGAGGCCACCUGGAGCUACCUGGACGCCGUCUACUUCUGCGUCAUCUCACUCUGCACCGUCGGCUUCGGCGACCUGGUGCCGGCCCGGCAGGCGCGGCAGCCCUUGAGGCAGCUCUACCAAGUGGCGGUGGCCG